AUGAAACUUCCACGAUCUUUCGCAAAUCUGUCCAAGCUACAGUUCUGUACGCUCAUCAAGCUUGGGAUCUCAAAAUUUCCAGGAAAUUUCUGGGAGCUGUCUUCCCUCCAAGAGUUGGUGCUGCUCGGGCUGAAGCAGGUCCGCAGCUUGCCUGAGUCAUUUGCUAAGCUGCCUAAGCUACAGGUGCUGCUAGUUACUGCGUGCAACAAGCUGGUUCGGGUGCCAUCUUCUAUCCGGAGAAUGCCAACGUUGCAGAACAAGGAGGCCGAGGAGGAGGGAGAGGAAGUGGCGGUUGAUGAAGAGGAGGAGGAAGGAGGGGAGGAGGCAGAGGAUGAGGAGGGGGGAGAUGUGGCAGGUGAAGGGGAAGAGGCAGAUGGGGAGGAGGAGGGUGCAGAGAGUGGUGGUGAGGACUGGGGGAUCAACCAUGAGUAUGGAUUGGGCAGCGAAGAUGAUGGCUGGAGGGCGGGUGAUGACGACGACGAGGAUAACACGGUGGGAGGGGCUGGUGAGGAGGAUGAGGGGAAGGGAAUAUGGGGAGGACUGGAAGAACGAGAUGAAGUUGGUGGCAAAUUGCAAUGGUCGCACAAGAGGUUGUGA